AUGCUGGAGAAGACUGUUGAUUUCCAACCGACAUGGAGAACUUUCGCGGAAGUCAAAUCUCUCCUUCGCGUCACAAUUUCGGUACCAGCCGGGGUGAAUGGAGAUGGUAAGAAGCUACUGGGUCUCCUUCCCGAUCGAUCGACCCGUGAAAAGUGGAUCAGACGAUAUUGUGAAACAUAUGGUAGAAUUUACCAUGUGAUCGACCAGAACUGCCUGAUCAACGAGCUGGAGGAAAUAUUGAUCGAAUGUCUCGACGCCAAUGAAGUGCACAUUCUCAAGAUACUGCUGGUCAUUGCAAUUGCCAUGCAGACCGACAAGUCGGAGCGAUUACGUGGGCACAUGAUACUGCAAGAAGCGGAGAGCCGUAUUCAUACCUCGACACAGUUCCAAAAACCUUGUGUUGGCGUCGUGCAGACUUUGUUGUUGUUGAUAAUCAUGAAGACCAUCACUGCCUCUGACACUGACAAGAUUUAUAGCCUCGGAGGUAUCAUGGGGCUCACUUCGCAAAUCGCUCUGAGCAUGGGCUUGAAUAGGGAUCCGGCCUUGUUCCCCAGUGUCACUCCUUACUAUGCAGAAGUUCGGAAACGAUUAUGGGCGUGCUUCUUUCGAUUGAGCCUCGACUAUUGCAUCCGAAGUGGAUCCCACUUUGGUAUCCGACUGGAAGAUGUGGACUGUCCUCUACCAAGCCCUGUGGAGCUUCUGAGCCUUGACCUCGAAAUCGUGAUGGAGCCAGGUACCAGCGACUUUGCUCCACAACUCCCCAAUUAUCAAGCGAGUCCAAUCGAAAAGCCUCAGCAAGCCUUGUUAUCAAUGCAUGUGCAUAGCUUCAUAAUUAUUAUCACACCCAAUUUUGUCGUAAGCGUCCCAUCUCAUAGUUCGCAGCGGGGUUAUUGCUAUGAAUUAUGGGGCAACUCGGUGUCCAUUCUCUGUCAGUUGCAGGAGGUGUUACAGACCGGCUCUGAGUUGUCUAGCGUGGCCUACCAUCUCCUUUGGACUGACCUUUCCCGCGCAGCAUUGACUGCAUGUCUGGUGGUUGAUCGUCUGUGGAGAAUCAAUCUGGGGACAACUGUAUCCAAUGGCCCCCAGCCCACGCUGGUCAUAUUCCAACAACCUUUGCUGAAAUAUCUAGACUCUAUAUUGCAGAUUCUAGCGGGAAUAUACCAUCUCGGAUCUGUUGCAGCGAAGACGAGACUUGUCCUUGCUGUCGCAACAACAGUCACCUCAAGCCUGAUCAACGACCUUGGCGGCCCACAGCAGGAUAUCAAGUUUUUUAGGGUCGGCAUCACAGCUGCCGAGGAGGUCGUAACCGAGAUGAAACAAUCCCUGAAACAGGAAGACCAAGACUCAACACUGGCCUUGCUGGGAUUCAAUAGCGCAAGGACAUCAGCUCCACCAAGUGUGGCCACCCCUCUUGCGGCAGACUGGAUGGACCAUGCACAACUUCCAGAUCCCUUAAUUCAGACAUUGUUUCCGAGCGACUGCGACUUUUACCCAGACUCAGAAUCUCCGGGUUUGGGUAUGCAGUCCGAUCUAUGUUUACCAUAUUCCAUGGCGCCAUUCAAAUCUCCUUCGACAAUCCAGUCGAUACCUAACCUCUUGUGGGAAGACGUUUGA